GGCGUCGCUGUCUCCCCAGCGGCUGCACUGACCCCACCGCUCUCCCCUUGCAGCCACAGGUCGCAGCAGCAGCAAGCAUGGACAUUACCAUCCAGCACCCCUGGUUCAAGCGCGCCCUGGGACCCCUCAUUCCAAGCCGUUUGUUCGACCAGUUUUUCGGAGAGGGUCUCCUUGAGUACGAUCUGCUGCCUUUGUUCUCUUCCACCAUCAGCCCCUACUACAGGCAGUCCCUCUUCCGCAGCGUGCUGGAGUCGGGCAUUUCAGAGGUGAGGUCUGACCGGGACAAGUUUACAAUCAUGCUGGAUGUAAAACACUUCUCUCCCGAAGACCUGAGUGUGAAGAUUAUCGAUGACUUUGUGGAAAUCCAUGGCAAGCACAGUGAAAGACAGGACGACCACGGCUACAUCUCCCGCGAAUUUCACCGCCGGUACCGCCUGCCCGCCAACGUGGACCAGGCUGCCAUCACCUGCUCCCUGUCAAACGGCAUGCUGACCUUCUCGGGCCCCAAGGUCCCCUCCAACAUGGAUGCCAGCCACAGCGAGAGGCCCAUCCCCGUGUCCCGGGAGGAGAAGCCCACCUCCGCGCCUUCCUCCUAAGCCCGCCUGACGCUGCGGUACAUGGGCUGCCACCGUCUGCAGGUCUCAUUCCCAGAGCCAUUGCAUAGAUAUCAGUGAAUAUCUAGAGGGGUUUAUUUUGUUGGUUCCUCCCCCUCCCCCCCCCUUUGUUUCUUUUUUUUUCCCCCUUUCCCUUGGAUGGGACGAGGGGCUGGGUGAGCGGCUGGUGGA